AUGAACGAAGUCCUGAUGGCCCCAGGAAAGACACAGCGCUCCAAGAGCGUCAACCAGCAGCGCCUUGCUGAGGCGCUCGAGCAGCUGCAGCUGCAGUCGGACGACACCGCCAUCAAUAAAAUGGCUGCCCUUGCGUCACCAUGCUUCUUCCACAAGAAGUUCGACAAGGCUGUGAACAUGGACCGGGUGCUUGAAGAGAUGGGCGAUGGUGAAGAUGACACAAUCACACACUCGCGCCUCAUGCAAACUGCCAUCAGCGUGCGUGAGGUCUCGAAACAACUGCAGCGUCGUCCUAUCAAGAUGACCGUGCGCAAUGUCAUGAUCGUGACAAAGGCCCGCGACAACGCUCUGGUCCACCUCACGCGCGAGCUUGCAGAGUGGCUUCUGACCACUUCUCGCUAUGGGUCUGAUGUUGGUGUCAACGUCUAUGUAGACCACAAGCUGCGCAAGUCGAAGCGCUUCGAUGCCCCAUCUCUGGUAGCGAAGGACAAACGCUUCGAGGACAUGCUCCGCUACUGGAACCCCGACCUAUGCUGGGAGACUCCUGAGAUCUUCGACCUCGUUCUCACACUCGGCGGUGACGGUACCGUCCUCUUCACAUCAUGGCUCUUCCAGCGUAUCGUACCACCGAUUCUCUCCUUCUCGCUCGGCAGUCUUGGUUUCCUCACCAACUUUGAGUUCGCGCAAUACAAAGCUGCUCUGAACAAGAUCAUGACCGACGUCGGCAUGCGCGUCAACCUGCGCAUGCGCUUCACCUGCACCGUUUACCGCUACCAAAAGAACGCCGCACAAGACCAGCCCCAACACAUCGAGGCCGAGCAAUUCGAGGUUCUCAACGAGCUUGUCAUCGACCGCGGCCCAAGCCCCUACGUCUCCAACCUCGAGCUGUACGGCGACAACAACCUGCUUACUGUCGUGCAAGCUGACGGCUGCAUCUUCUCUACGCCAACGGGCUCUACGGCAUACUCACUCUCCGCCGGUGGCUCUCUCGUACACCCUGACAUCCCUGCCAUCCUGCUCACUCCCAUUUGCCCGCACACGCUCUCCUUCCGGCCCAUGCUCCUCAACGACAGCAUGGCGCUACGCGUCGCCGUCCCGCUUCGCUCGCGCGCCACAGCCUACUGUGCAUUCGACGGCAAAGGCCGCGUCGAACUCCGCCAGGGUGACCACGUCACCAUCGCGGCCUCGCAGUACCCCUUUCCCACCGUGCUAUCCCAACCCACCGAGUGGUUCGAUAGCAUCAGUCGCACGCUCCGAUGGAACUCGCGCGGUGCGACGCAAAAAGCCUGGGACGGCGACGACGAAGAAGCAGGCAACGAGGAGGAAGCCACGUUUGAUAUUGAUUUUGACAACGACGACGUCGAUCGCGAUUCGGGAUAUAGUGCUGAGGGCUCGACGGUCGAUGGCAAAUCCAGUCCGCAACGCAAGGGUAUUAUUUUGCCCUUCUUGUAG